AUGAAGGAAUGUUUAAGAAAGAGCAUUUUAAUAGUUACGCUGAAAGGUGGAGAGAAUACAACCGAAAUUGGUCCAUUUUGUUCCAAAGAACCUGGAAAUUUCACAAAUAAACGAAUGUUAACAAAGAAGCUUCAGACUAGUGCAUCUUUACGAAAUGAUAGCAAGGAUCAUGGUUGUAGAUUUUCACGUUCAAACGCUCAAUGCACCAUUCAAGAAGAAUGUGAUCGUGUUUCAUUGACUCGUACGACUAGUGUUAGAUCCACGGUAGAGUUUCCUCCGAAUAUAGACGACAAAGAUCUAGAAAUAUUAGGUGAAAUUGGAAGUGGAGCAUAUGGUAGAGCUAUAAAAGUAAAACACCGACAAUCUAAUUGUUUGUUGGUUCUUAAAGAGGUUAUUGAACAAAACAAAGCAAUCGAGGCAACUAUUAUACGCGAAGUUUCAUUACUUCAAAAUUUAAAACAUACAAAUAUUUUAACAAUUGUCGGUGUGGUUAUUCGAAAUAGACAAUUUUGUCUUAUUACUGAAUACAUUGAAAAAGGAAGUUUACAUUCAUUAUGCUUGGAUAAAAUUAAAUAUCCAUUUGAUUGGAUUAAAAUAAUAACAUUUGGUCGUGAUAUUGCAUCAGGGAUGGCUUAUUUACAUAAACAUGACCUUAUACAUCGGGAUUUAACAACUCUUAACUGUCUUGUACGACAAGAUGACUCUGUAGUUGUGUCUGACUUCGGAUUGUCAAAAUUAGUUCAGUCAAUUCCGUCUUGUAGACAGAAAACAGAAGAAAAAUGCUACGAUCACACAACAACAAAUGACUCUACAUCAAUAAUUCAAGAUUCUUCUUCUGAUACUUCAAAUAACACCGAUGUUCAGCCUAAUCAUACUCCUCGUCUUAGACGUCAUCAUGCAUACAAUCAUCCAAGAAGACAUACUGUAGUUGGUAGUCCAUACUGGAUGGCUCCAGAAAUGAUAGCUGGUCAACCAUAUGAUAAUUCAGUAGAUGUAUAUUCAUUUGGUACAAUUAUGUGUCAAUUAAUUCUACGUACAAAUGCUGAUCCAGAUAACUUAAUACGUGAUGCAAAAACUUUGUGUAUAGAAAUGGAUGAAUUAAUGAAACUAGAAAAUUUUCCUAUCAAUACACCACCAAUAUUAUUAAACAUGACAAGUCAAUGCAUUUCAUUGGAUCCAAGAAAUAGACCUUGUUUCGAUUCAUGUGUUGGACUACUGGAACAAUGUUUAUUAUAUUUAUUAUCUGGACAUCAAUCACAAAAGGUUAUAUUUCGAAACUCUGCUAAAGACAUUCCCACAGUUAAUGACAACAAUACAGAAAGUGGAGAUUCUGAUCAUCAGGAUCUUGAUGUUGUUAAAUAUUGAUCAAUAGUACAUAUAUAUCCUUGUAUGCAUAUUUGUAAUGAUCAUUUUAUAUGAUAAUAAUUUCUUAAACAAGAGAGAUAUUUGUAAAUUUUCUUUUUAGUUAACUGAUCAUAACUAUAAAUUUCACUCGAAUGAAAUGAUGUCUUAUGCGUACCCUACUGUUGUAUGAAUUUUCAUUAUCCGAAUAUCAUAUUUCUAUGUUAUUACACGAAGAAAUAAAUCUCUAUUUUAAUGUGAAAUUAAGUUUUGUAUCCUGUUUCCCUGUUACUAAUCCAUUCCUUAUUUUUUUAUCGGUUAUGACUUAUAUUGAAU